AUGGGUCAAAGAUAUCAAAAUGAAACGGUACAUCAAAAUUGGAUGAAUGCAAAUGUGGCUGGUCUUGGUGUUAUUGGUCGUGAUCGUUAUGUUUAUCCAUUAAAAGGUAAGACUUUACCUUUUGCUUUUUUUUCUGGUCUUGCUUUAUUAUUAUUUAAUAAAAAUGAUCAACUAUUAUUAACAUAUUUAAAUGAAGAUGGAAAAAGAGGUUUUACCUUAAAGGUACAUGAUGAUGAAAAUUUAAUCAAAAAGUUACACGACUUCAUCAGUAAUUCUCUUGUUGAUUUUAAAACAUGUCAUGGUGAUCAAGAUGGUCCAGGUGGUCAAGGCGGUAAAGGUGCCAUAGGGGGCGGAAAGAUUUCAGUCUAA